AAAAUAGAAAAAAAUCAAAUGGAGAUCCCUACAUGGAGACAAUGUUCUUCCACCGCAAGGUAACUACUCGGCGGAUUUCCAGAGACAGCGACUCUGGAAAAAAAAAAAGAGCAAAUAUACAGAGAACCAACUUGUCAUGGAGAAGGAGAAGACCACUCCCAAGCAAUCCAAACGGACAUUUGGGGUUACUACCUGCAGCGGAAUGGAAUUGUUCAGCGUGCAAUGCGGGGAAUGCUUCAAAUGGAGGCUUAUCCAAACCCAAGAAGAGUAUGAAGAAAUAAGGAGCAAGCUCGAGGAGGACCCGUUCGUUUGCACCAAAAAACCGGGAGUUUCUUGCGAUGACCUGGCAGACAUCAAGUACGAUAACACCCAUUUGUGGGUUAUCGACAAGCCGAACCUCCCAAAGACCCCAGCAGGUUUCAAGAGGAUUACAGUCGUGCGCAAGGACCACUCUAAAGUGGAUUGCUAUUACAUCACGCCUAACGGGAAAAGGAUGAGGGCCUUGACCGAAAUUGCAAGGUUCUUGGAAGAGAAUCCCAAGUACAAAGAGAGUGUAUCGAUCGAUGAUUUUAGCUUCAAUGGCCCCAAGGUUGUGAAGGGUACUAUACCCGGGCUUUGAAGCUAAGAAGAAGUGAUUUAUUUUAUUUAUUUUUUAUUAUUAUUUUUUUUUUCUUAAGAGUAUUAUGUUUUGAUGAGUUCGGCGUAGUUGGGUCUUUUUAAAUGAGAAUGAGAGUAGUGAACCAGUAGUUAGCAGCUAGAGACUUUCCACGAUUCGUGAAAAAUUUGGACCUUCCAUUUCAUGUGAUGGUUUUGUUCUUAUUUAGCUAUAUUCGAUUGGCGAAAAUUCCCUUUUUGUUUUGUUGGUUUAAGGAAAAGUAACUCGGAAAACGUAAUUGCUUGGGGGUAUCACUGUGAGGUCAUUAUACAUGAUACUGUUUCGUACAAGCUCGCUUCUUUUACGGACAUGUUAUGUGCAGACUUAUUCUCUCCGAGCCUGAUGGAUUUGUUUGACGAUGAGAUAUGAUUUUGUAGUUGUUAGUUUGCACCUUUUAGUGUAUAGUAAAACAUGUGGCAGUUGCUUUACACUAGAGUUGGAAGUCAUUUCUCUGUAAAUCUAUUAUUAUUAUACAAAAUGGUCUUCACUCGUCAGUUGUUUGCCUUUUAAAGUACUAUUUGAUUUGCA